CGAUAUCAGAUGACUGACAUUUGACGGUAGUCGCGUACAUCGCGUAUGGUUGCGUACGAUCGGUCGACGGAAUUUAUUCAUUUGUCGGAGUAACGUCAGAGUAACGUUGUGAGAAUUGCGUGAGCAAGAAAUUAAAGAUCAGCGUUCUAUUCUCACGUCACGCAAUCGACGAAGGGGAGCGAUCGACACAUCGCCGACUUCGACUUUGACUCCGUCUCCGGUUAAACUACGACGAGACGAGACAAGAAUUGUUAAUUGCUGUUGCGUACUACGUCAACAGCUGACCUCGGCCUAGCUGUGAUACGUCGAGAGGAUGGCAGACGUCGCCAUUAAUCUUAUAAUAAAGGCACCGAAUCAGCAGAUCAAGGACCAGGUGGUCAAAUGCGAUCUCGGCUGGACCAUUGGCCGUUUGAAGGAAUACUUGUCAGAGGUCUAUCCCAGCAAGCCAGAAAGUUCACAUCAGAAAUUAAUCUAUUCUGGUCAAUUGUUGAACGAUUCUGCACAACUGAAAGAUAUUUUGAGACAGUGCGAUGAUUCAGAAGAUCAAUCGUAUACUGUUCAUCUAGUUUGUACUCCGCAAAAAAUGUGCACAACUAAGGCUACAUCGGAUCAAAAUCGAUCGACUGAAAGAAAUGCGGAUGCUUCGUCUGCAAUGAGAAACACUCAUAUUAGAAGUAAUAAUGUUCAGAAUCAAAGUCACGAAAAUGCUAAUGUUACUACAUCUCAGCAUCAACAAUAUUUAUCUCGGCAGUACCUUGAUCCUCGAAAUAGCCAACAGUUAGCCUGGAUGCAACAGGCAUAUACGCAUUAUUUUACACAGUACAUGCAACUAAUGGCAGCGCAAGGUAUACAGUUGCAAGCCAGUAUUCCAUAUCUCCAGCAGAUGAAUAUUAAUACAAGCGACACAGCUCAACAUACAUAUACGAGUAAUAACAACAACAAUGUUGGUGACGAACAACCCCAACUAGCAGCUCAAGAUGCAGCCGAUAUUAAUGCGGGAAAUAACGGAGCGGGCGAGGACGCUGCGUUUAAUCGCGAUUGGUUGGAUUUCUUCUACAUGUUGUCUAGGAUCGUCGUUCUAUUUGGUAUAGUGUAUUUUUAUUCGUCUCCUCUCAGGUUCCUCAUCGUCACGUUUUUGGGAUUUGCGAUAUAUCUAUAUCAGGGCGGUUUCUUCAGGGUACAACCAAUCUUAUUAGCUGAAAAUAAUAACGGACGCGCAGAUAACAACAAUCAAGUAUUGCAGAACGAAGUAGUAGGUCCUCAGGUUGUGCCGCAGCAGCAAAACGCUCAAGUGCCAACCGUGCAACCGGAAGCACGAACGAACGCCAAUGAGGAGAAUGAGGAACAACGGCCAGGCGCUCUCGCUUUUACUUGGACCUUCUUCAGUUCAUUUUUUGCCUCGCUUAUUCCAGAUCAGCCAAAUGUCAUUUAAUCCCAUCUGGAUAUUCCAUUCGUAAAAUCGGCUUUCUUUUCCUCUAUAUUUAUAAGGACUGGAGAAUAUGACUUUACCACGAUAUACCAGACUUAAAAAAUAUUUAACAGUUUGUAGAGUCUAAUGUGCUUAAGCUCGUGAUUAAUUCAUAUAUUCCUAUGAACGUACUGAAAGUCUGAUCAGUUUUAUGAUACCCAAGAUUUUUGUAUCUGAAUCAAAUAUACGUAUAUAAAUGUUCACAUGUAUGUUAAUAAUCGACAUACGCUUAAGAUUGAUGACAAUUAUCAUGGAAAACUAAUUUCAAAAAAUUAUAUAUGUGUAAUCAGUUUAACUUAUUGAUAGACUCACAAUUCACAAAAUAAAAUAACGGUCACGUUA